CCGCCCUGGGCCCGGCCCGCGCCAGGCGCCUGCGCCCGCCCAGCGCCGAGAGCCCGCCCCGGGGCGGGGGAGCCCGCGGGGGCCCGGGGGCGGCGCUUCGCUGUUCCGGCAGGGCAGGCGCCACCGGCGGCGGCAGCAGCACGGCACGGGAGGAGGUUCACUGUCUCAAAGGAAAUGGUACCAGCCUGGGCCCCAGCAGUAGGUUUCACACUCCUGCCACAUGUAGGAGGAUUUUUAGGAGGCCGUAUCACCAAAAGGGAAAUCUCAGUAUGGUAUGAAAAUCUGCAGAAGCCAUCCUGGUGUCCACCUAACUGGAUGUUUGCUCCUGUUUGGGGAAUUCUCUAUACAUCCAUGGGAUACGGCUCCUACCUGGUGUGGAAGGAACUCGGGGGCUUCAGUAAGAAGGCAGUGGUUCCUCUGGGUCUGUAUGCAGGGAACCUGGCAUUAAACUGGGCAUGGAGUCCAAUAUUUUUUGGAGCUCACAAAAUGGGAUGGGCCUUGGUGACUCUCCUGCUUACAACUGGUACAGCAACAGCUACCACUGCUUCCUGGUAUAACGUCAACAAAAACGCAGCUUAUUUGAUGGUUCCUUAUUUAGCUUGGCUAAGCUUGGCUUCUGCACUCAAUUAUCGGGUCUGGAAGGACAAUCCCAACAAGAAAAAACCUGAAUAAGGGGUUUUCAGCUAAAACUAUUUUUUUUUCCCACAAUAUUUUUUAUAUAAAUAUAUGGCCUUGCUUUAUUUUUAGCUGAACUACUUCUACCAUUACUUUGGUAAUUAAAAGUUGACAAAACAAAUACAACUUUAUUAGGCAAGCCACAACGGGCUGUAUGCCUGAUUGGGUUUUAUAGCAAACUAAAAGAAAGUCUUGAUUGAAAAGUGCUAAGUGCCAUAUGAGAGUGUUAUAUAUUACAUGACAAGAGCAUUUUAACCAUUACCAGAAGAAAGCAGGAACCAAACUUCCUUAUGUUCAGAGGAGGAAAUCCAGCCACACAGUAAGACAGUUUCCAGAAAGGUGUUCCUAACAGUGACAGGCAUGAUUGUGGCCUGAAUCUUUCAUCUCUACCUAGGCACGGUGCUUUUGUGCUAUGAUGAGUCCCACUACAGCCACCAGAUAUUGUCUUCUGGCCACUGUACUCUGGAAACGUUUAAAACAAGCUCUUUUUAACAAUUUGUGCCUUCCCACUUUGAAGAAUGGUACAUGCAUUCAGCUAAAUACAUUAAACUACAUGUAAACUUAACAACCUUGUCCCAGUUUGUGCCUUCCCACUUUGAAGAACUGUGCAUGCAUUCAGCUAAAUACAUUAAACUACAUGUAAACUUAACAA